UUGAGCCUUGAAAACAACCGUGCAUGAUCUACCAAAACAACAGGCUGGGUUUAUCCUGCAUCCACCAUGGAAUGACAUGGCCUUGGCUGAGAUUGUGAGUCAGGAUUUUUUUUAAAAAGACAGUCUAAAUGCAGCAUUUUAACUGCAUUCAUAUUGCAGCUGAAAGGGCAUAUGAAACCUUUAAGUCGUACAAGUACUAGAGUAUUCUACCUAAAUGGUAACAUGGCUAAUCUAUGGCAGGUUAUAGUCAUGACAUUAAUGUACCUUUGCACAUGGCUGAAAAGAAGUUUAAACUGGAUUCAGUUCAGAGAGGCAGUUUCUGACACUGUCCAAGAGGAGUCUGAUAACCUACAGUCAGAAGUCUGGAGAACAAAUCAAGAGUACAGGACCUAUCAACAACAGAGCAAUGGACCAAUGGUAAUGGUGCAAACCAGCACGCAUACUUUCCAAGUGGAUCUGGAGAAACUUGCAGACUGCAGCGAGUAUUUCAAGGCUCUUUCCCACUCCUGCAUGAGAGAGACAUCUGAACAGCUGGUGCACCUUGAACAUGUUCCCUCUCCAGUCUUCCACAACCUUCUACAAUUCUGCUUCCUACAGCGGUUCUGUGUUCCUGAAGACUUGUUUGUGGAGCACCUACAGCUGGCUGAGGAACUCUGCAGUGAGGAGCUCCAACAGACUGUGCUAACCUACCUGAGCAAGUACCUACUGGAAUAUCCACACCUGAGCAAGGGCUUGGAUCCGCACCUUAAAGCAGAGAUUCUCAGAUUAAGGUCAAAGGGAACUCUACACUUAUGCUGCUUGAGGAAGGAGAACUUAACCUCAAGGAAUGAUCCGGAAACAGAUGUUGCUAGAAAGCUCUUCAGGCUAGAGGAAGAUGGAGAUUAUGUUAAAUGGAGUUCUCUGACAGAUCUUCCUUUUUAUGCAGAUAAGUGGUGCUUCACCACAGCGGUUCUCUAUAAUUACCUCUAUCUCAUAGGGGGCUAUAGACACCGUGUAAAGAAGGGUUAUGAGUUCAAGAUGGCUUCCUUCCGCUACAACCCUUUUACCAAUCAAUGGGUAUCAACAGCUCCUCUGAUUAAGGUAUGAACAUUAGAAUAAAAGUUAAUAUCCUUGCCAAUGAUAGUAAAUAUACUCAUUUACUCUUAAGGGUUCAACCUGGUCAUUAUCUGGUUCAAGAUGGUUUAAAUAGAUGACCAGCUGAAUUACAAGAAGGUGGGCAUCUAACU